CGAAGAAGUACACGAUAGCGUUCGCAUUCGUAUCCGCAGGCUGCUUGGGAGAAGCGUCCUGGGACACCACGCCCGAUCUUGGAGAGAACAGCGCAGCAUGGACGUUAGAGGCCGCAUCUCAGCUCUCGCAGCUUACGCUGGCUCUGUCGCUUGGCCUCCUCUGCUCUCCGUCUCGAGAGGCGCCAUUCUGGCCCUGCUGAGACAGGUGCAGGUCGGCUCCUUGAAGAUCACAGACACAGAUGGCAGCAUCACAAUAUGUGGCAGCCCUAGAGGCGCCGCCGAGACAGACAGCGAGAAGAGCAUCUACACCAUCCCUCAUGCCGAACUGCGCGUCCUGAACGAUCUGUUCUGGGUCCGCCUCAUGCUUUUCGCUGACAUGGGAUUUGCCGAGUCUUACAUGCUGGGAGAAAUCAGCUGCUCAGACCUGACCGCUUUUUUCAAACUUUUCAUUGCCAAUCGCAAGCACUUGGAUAACGGCACCACUCUCUCUUCAAAUGUCUUCGGCAAGAUCAGCGCACUGGUGCGGAAAACAAACACGCUCACCAACGCUCGCUUACACAUUUCUGCUCAUUACGAUAUCAGCAAUGACAUGUUCGCCGCAUUUCUCAGCCCAGACAUGACUUACAGCUGCCCCAUCUGGCUUCCAAAGUCAGAUCCGCAUUCCAGCCAGGAAAGCCUUGAGCGCGCGCAGUACCGAAAAUUGAAUCGAUUCAUCAAGAACUGCAGGAUAAAGAACACCGAUCACGUUCUUGAGAUCGGAACAGGCUGGGGCAGCUUUGCAAUUCUUGCAGUCGAGAAAACCGGGUGCCGUGUUACUAGUCUCACAUUGAGCGAGGAGCAGAAGAAGCUAGCGGAGGAGCGAAUCAAAGCCGCGGGCUAUGCAAAGAAGAUUAAAGUCCUUCUCUGCGAUUACCGCAGUCUGCCAGUGCCGAAAGAGUCGGACAAAUACGACAAAGUCGUGUCCAUUGAGAUGUUGGAAGCGGUCGGUGCUGAAUUUUUGGAGACCUACUUCCGCUGCAUCAACAACCUGCUCAAGUCAGACGGAGGUGUCGCAUGCUUUCAGUGUAUCACGAUGCCGGAGUCGAGGCAUAAGACGUACAACAGCGGCGACGACUUCAUCCGGCGAUACAUAUUCCCGGGCGGCCAUUUGCCUUCCAUCACGCAGCUUUUCGAUGCGGUACGAGCUGGAUCGUCAGACCCAAAGCGUGGCGUCGAACCUCAAUUAAUCCCAGAGAGUCUCGAAAACAUUGGUCCGCACUAUGCCAAGACUCUGCGUCUCUGGCGACAAAGCUUCAUGCAGAGCUUCUCGACCAAAAUUCGACCGGCUUUGAUCGCAGAGGCUCAUGAGCGGGAGAACAAGAAACUGAGCGAAGAAGAGGUGGAGACUUUCAAGAGAAAAUGGGAAUAUUACUUUGCGUACUGCGAAGCUGGCUUCGCGACCAAGACGCUCGGUGACGUGAUCUUUACGGUAGGAAGAGAGGGUGCAGUGGAAAUGAUGGAAGAUGUUCCAUUGUGAACGGACGAUCGGCCACGAUCAUGACUAUCACGAGCUGGCGUGCUGGCGUUCUUUUUGGGAAGAUACCCUUCUUUGCUUUCCGAAGCGGGGCAAACCCAUUUGCAUUAGCGACGACGGUGUUGCACAGCGCAGGAGUUUUGAUCUACUCCUAGACUUGAAUGGAGUUCAUUAGCUUUUACCCCGAAUCUCUCAGCCCUCUUAACAC